AACAUUAAAGUUAUAUAUAUAUUGCUAGAGCUCCUCCAUGGUGAGUGACGACGUGCCUGUAGCUAUCAUCAAGUCUCGCUUGAAGUCAGCCAACAAUACUGUUGAAGGGAAACACUGGCAGGAAGCUCUCCAGUCUCUUCUGCAGAAGAGGAUUCAGGCGAGUUUGUUGAUGGUCCGCCUAGUGUGGGAGCUGACUAAAGAUAGCAUGAUGGCGGCGAAGAUAGCAACAACAGAACACAUCCACGGUAUCACCCGCUGGGGAUGUUACGACGACUGUGUCAAAGCUUUCCACACCCAUUGCUUUGAUCUAGCCCAGGUUAGUCUCCCACCUCUGUACUAUGGCUCUGACAAGUAUGAGAAUAGCUUCUGGAGCUGUGAGGGAGACAGUAGUCACAGUUGGUGCUAGCAGCACAGGUAAG